CACAUCACUGACGCGGGGAGCUCAGGACGGCAGAUCUUCCAUUCUUGAGUACCGCAACAAUGCCAAUUCCUGACGGGCUUCCCACAGAAACUUCGGCCACACUCUCCAACACCGCAAGCAGGUCAACUCCCGAUAAUAUCCCCACAGAAGUUCCUCCUCCACUUGUCAACUCCUCAAAGAUGCCAGAUUGCGCCGGCUCCGUUCCUAUGCCAUGUUCAAACUCCCCAAGACUGGACGGACUUCCCACAGAAGUGCUUUUCAGCAUCAUAUCCUUCACGUCGCCGUUUAUUCCCCACAAGCAGCAUGACCGUCUAAUCAACCAACUUGCCGCUACGAACCGUACAUUGCGGAAUAUCGCGGAAGGAUAUAGUCGAAGUCUCCUCCAAGAGGCCACGAACAUGAACAGACCGCUCAGGACGAACCAAACAUACCGCGGCAAAUACAUCCGAUGGCUAAACCGGACCUGCCAAAUGUGCAAGAAGCCCAGCCGGCGGAAAGCGAUAUUGGACCCUACGGAGACCUUAUGCAAGGCCUGCGAUUACAAAAUCCCUAAGAUAACCAUGACACUCGCGGCCCAGUUCCCCCUCUCCAAGCUCGACCUUUUCACUCCGAACCCGUUAUAUCCAUUCCUACCGCCUCUACGUCACGGACGAUACACGUGCAUGGGCGGCUCCGCAACCAUGUUCCACGCCAAUGAUGUGUUUGAUCGCAGAGAGUUGUACAAGUCCGCCCUACGUCAAAAUCCACCGUCUGCGCGUCUACAAGAAUUGCGUCAAGCAGCGCCGUCGGCAGCUAACGAUCAUCGACUGCUGGCUGUGUUGCUUGCGCGACGUUACAGAAGGGUGCGCCAGUGCUGGCAAGAUAUCGGAAACGUGCUUGGCCUGACCACCCCUUCGGAUAUCUCUCCUCGAAGAUGGGACCUCCCAGAGGUGAAGGAAAUCCUGGAUGAGAUGCGUGCUUGGGAUCAAGCUAAUACUCCCCUUCUUGAUUGGAGUCUCCUGGGGCAUAAGCAAUAUUGCCCGGUUAAUGGUUCGAAUAAAUAUAGAAAAUAG